UGGCGGCAUUUAUUGUCGUAUCAGAUGCUAUUUUUAGUAACAUAUCUUAUUUACACCUGAGAUAGGAAAUGAAAAAUAAAUGUGUGUAUUUUAACUAAUUUGAAAAGGAAAACAGGAUUUAACCUUUCCCACACUUUACCCAGCAACACCCUACUAAGUCUACUGACAACCAGCUGACAUCAUGAACUGGCUACUCAUCAUCUCCUUCCUGCUAACGCUGGGCUCAGCAGUUCUGAACGCGCUAGCUGUCUGUCUGCCCUACUGGCUGUACAUGGAGCGCCCAAGUAUGGCGUACCAGGGUCUUUGGCAGAAGUGUAUGCCUAACCUCUACAGCGGCAGUGGCACUGACCUCAAGUGUGAAAUCAUUCUGCUUCCACCAGAGUUCUUGGAUGCUACACGUGUCAUGAUGCUGCUUGGUUUGUGCUUCUACGUGUUCUCUACAAUCUGCUCCUUCUUGUUCACGUGCACACGACGUGAUAGCGCCUCCCUUCUUACAGCAGCCACCAUCCUCGUAUUUAUAGGAGCUCUCUUGACCAUGGUUGGAGUCGUGACGUAUGGUGCAAUGUACCCACGUCUGCUCCACGCAAAGGGCCUCAGUCUUCAUGCAGCCUUUGGAAUUGGUGUCUGCAGCUGUAUUUCAGGCUUUGUCAACGUUUUGUUCUACUGUAUGGUCCGAGCAAAGGGCGAUAUGGACUAACUUGUGGGUGGGGCAGGCUUUUUAAAACCCACUCUGGAAUUCUUUGGGGAAGGAUUUGAACUUUUUUAUACAGCCCAUACCUCAGCUUUCAGAACAAAUACAUCCGAUUCCAGAUGAACUAAAGAACAAAAUUACAAACCGCCAUAACUUUGUACUUUAUAUUUUUCCCAUUCAUUUACACAACAUGAAAGUCAUCAGUUAGCCAGAACAGUUUCAAAUUAUAUGAAAUUAUAUGUGGUUACCAGUCAGUAUACGAUCAUCCGGCGCGUAGCUGACUGUACGCAAAUACGCAGUUGCGUAUUGAAAUUUUGACGAUCAAAUUUUUUGUCAUACCAAAACCCCCAAAUUUGAAAUAAAAAAACGAAGGGGAUAGGGGGUGAAGGGGUUGAUAUGCUGUCCGUCAUCAAUCUGUGCAAUUUAAAAUUGUCACUAGCUACGUGCCUGAUUAUGUAUCAUGUGGACAAAACAUAAGGUCAUACUCGGGUUUCAUACUCCAUUUGAGAAUUAUAAUCAGUGUGGGCUCGACAUUUUAAUAUGAAAUUUGAUAUAUUUGAUUUUCAUAACAGUUAUGCAUUGUAUGUAGUUGAUAUGAUUGUUUUCAAGCAUUGGGAAUUGAUCCCUUCUGUAGAAUAAGUAAAGCCACUUAUGGAAUAAUGCACUAAUGUUAACAAGUUGACACAUAGUUUUUAAUGCUAAUUUUAUUUUAUUUUUUCUCUUAUCAAUGUGUUGUUUUUUCAGCUUAAAAAUAAUAAUGUCAUUUUCGUUAUUCAUGUUCUCAGUUAAAAAAUGCUCUAAAUUUAGACGAGCGAUCAAAUAUUAUCUUGCAGUUUUUGUUUGAAAUCACUGUUUUCAUUUGGAAGCAGAAAAACUAGUGCUAUUAUUACAUAAUGACCUCAAGCAACGCACUACUUGUGUCAUAGGGAACUAUCAGACAUUUGUAUAUACUAUAUAUUCAAUCAUUUAUUUUUAUUCAUUUUGUACAAAUUCAUUAAAUCCAUGUGCACUAUUUACUGUGUAUUAAAUUGUCAUAACUCAUUAGUCUUUGACAUUGACUUUGUACUAGUUUUCGGAAUCAAUGAAUUACUUCUAUUGAUUUGUUCAAGCCCGUCUGGUAAUCAAAGAAAAAAGCUAUUUUAAUAGCAGUAUUGUCACCACUGAGCAAAUUACAAAUUGUAUUUACAUGUACAUGAAACUUAAUGCUCAUUUUAAAAUCUAAGAUGAAACUUGGUGCAAAUGUUCACAAUCUAAAUUGAAACCUGGUGCACAUGUUUUUAGUCUAAGAUGGAACUUUGUGCACAUGUUCACAGUCUUAAAUGAAACCUGGUGCACAUGUUUUGAAUCUAAGAUGUAACUUGGUGCUCAUGUUCACAAUUUCUAUACAAAUAUGUGUACUGAAAGUCCAUCCCCUCUGGCUAUAAAACACAUGUACUUGUUUUAGUUAGAUCUGUGGUGAACUAACCAGGAUAAAUGGGGAGCGCUGUGGUGUUCUUUUUUUACAAUUUCAUUGACUUUCGAAGCAUUAUAAGUACUGCUGAUUGUGUGAACCUUUUUUAAAUGAACACAAAAGAUUAACAUAUUUAAAAUAUAUCUCUGGUCCAAAGAGAACAUUCCAAAAAUGUUGCAAGUCAAAUUCUUCUGAAUAGCAUUACCCGUAAGGUUUUACAUAAUACUGUAUUGUAUAUUACUAUUUUAUAUUUUGUAAGAAAGAUGUAUUAAUAAAUAGUUUAAAACUC